GAGUUAACAGUCAUAUGUCUGAAACUCACAUGAUCAUCUAUUUUUCGCCCUUCAUUCCGCAAUUCAGCUCUUUCAUAACAAUCUACCAUCCAUUAUUCUUUUCUUACACUCUGACUUUAGUACUCAUAGAAAACGAGGAGAAGAUAACAUUAAUCCAAUGCUAGAGCGUUCAACAAUCCAUCAAACCCAACUCAGAAGGUUUUAAAUACUGAAACACGCAGGAUAGAAUACAGAUAAAGGCCGUCAGGUUUCAUGUCUGCAUCUUCUUACCUCUCUUACUGUUAGAUGAUACUGUAAUAGAUCUAUGAACGCGGGUACGGCAAACUCUGCUAAUUAUUCCAAAAGAGGUUUUUAGCUACGCUCUCAUUCAAAAGGACUAAUAAUAAUCACCACUCAACAAAGCUGUACUGGAUGAUAGACACUUGGAACCAGUCAGAAAUACAGUUUACUUAAGUUCUCCAACUUCUCGCAAUCAACAUCCCCUCCUACUGUUGCAACAACAGCAAAAUCAUCAACUCGAAUUUUUAAAUACCUAUCGGUGUCACUAGAUACAUACAAUCUUCACUAUGCCGCUAGUCAGGAAGAGAAAGUUUGAACGAGAAGAGGACGGACCAGGAACCCAAACUGUCCAUAUCUUUCAUUUGCCUGGUCAUAAAGCCGACGUUAAAUUGAGUGUUUUUGAUGGAUUGGAGAUUCAUGUUCACUCAGUGCUUUUGAAGCUCCAUAGUGCUUUCUUCCGAAGAUUUUUGGACUUACACAAUAAGGAUGGUGAAGGUAAAAACACUGGAAGUUUCAAAUAUGAGUGGGCAACGGUUUACGACGAUGAUGGGAGCUGGAGUCUGUUCGAUGCCAGGAAUAUAAAAUCUAACAACGCAAAUUCAAACUGGAUGCCGAGAAAACUACGAGAUACCCGAGAAGCACAUGAAUUGGCUUUUAUGAACUUCAUCGGCACUUUUUACGGGAAGUCAUGGGCAAUUAAGAAUACCGAAGCUUUGCAACUGGUCACCGAAUUGGCCGACUAUUACUGUGCUCUCCCAGUUGUUUCAAAAUCGAUUCACGGCUCCUUGUUUUUGAGUCCUGUAUUCUGCAAAAGCAUCUUCUUCGGCCCAACUCGCACUUUGCUCGAUUUAUCAUUGCAACUACGUUCUCCUGAGAUCUUUCGGGAAUGUAUGAUAUGCUUGGUCGGAAGGUGGCAACACAGCGCGCACCAAUACUGGACUGAAAGUCAACCUGAGAUGUCGUACAACCCAAAGCUUACAAGCCCAAAGCUAAAUGAAUUAGCGAUAAAGCUACAUAACCAAAUAUGUGCCAAAGUAUCUAAAACGCAGCAACAGAUUGAGCUUUGUUCACAAAUCAACUCAAAAGCCCUAGAAGUCAAGGCAAAUAUCGAAAUAUGUUAUCUCGAGAAAAUGAAAUUGGGAGAGACUGAAGAUGGGGCCAACCAUCGCCGAAUCUCACUCCCUGAAUAUUUUCAGGCAUUUAGAGAAGAGUCUUCAGAAGUUUUGGCUCUGGCUGUUAGUGAUAUAUUGAAGAACGAACUUAUCUUCAACAAGUCUUUACGAGCUGGGGAUAUUGCAUUUCCUGGGGAGAUCAAUAAUGACGUUCAGCCACAUUUUCUGUGUGUAGAUAUUAAAGACGAGGAUCUACCGUGGGAUCCAAACGAAACCAAUUGGUGAGAAACGCCUUAGAUAAAGCUACAAUUGAAUUGGGCUUAUGGUACUGGAGGAAACUGAAUAAGCUCCGACUCGGUCGAGUAUCUAUUUCACGGUUGUGCUUGUGCCGGAAAAUACAAACCAUGAUCACAGUUUGCUUACUGGGGUGGUGCAACUAGGAAGCUGUGCUCGCAAACAUACAGGAAACCUACGCGCAGAGGUUUCCACAGAUUGGGAUAUUUAUCAUAUCAUACACUGGGGACUUGCUUUUUACUUGAUGCUUCCUUAUCCAAAAACUCAUAGUUCUCAUACUUUUCAAUCGAAAAGAGAGGAUAUUCAAGAAAGUAUUAUUAAAAAACAACUUGAAAAUCAAUCUACGUGCUAAGAAUGUGCGCAGGUGCUCUCCUGAUGCCAAAAUUUGUAUGAAUGAAGAUGGUGGGAAAUUCAAAUUCUGUUGGAAUUCAAUGAUUAAUCAAUUUUGUAUGUCGAUCAUAGUUUUCAAGGACUGCGGUCUUCAAAGGCCUCAGUUCAACCGUGAAUGUUAGCUGCAAGAGUGCAAGUAAUAAUGAAAUAGGCAGCAAAGAAAGUUUUAAAAUUAAAAAGACA